UACCCCCUCGUCCUUGCCCCUUCUCCUACUCAAUCAUGGCCCGGUUCACUCUGCUUUCUCUGCUUGCAUGCACGCUCUUUAGCGCAGCUAUCGCUAACCCGGUCGACAGCCAAGAGGCCCUCGCAGUCUCAGAUGGAACCGUGCAUGCCGCAGCAAGCUGGGAGUGGUCCUCUUGCGGUCUCUCUUCUGAUCCGAUUCAAAUCGAGUCUAUCGAUGUUUCGCCUGAUCCUCCAAAGCCUGGCGAGAACAUGACGGUCACUGUCAAGGCUUCUGCCCAAGAGCUUAUCGCGGAGGGUGCCUAUGCAGACGUAACUGUCAAGCUUGGGCUCAUCAAGCUGCUACAGAAGAGUUUCGACCUUUGUGAGGAAGCUCGUAAUGCUGAGACGUCCGUACAAUGUCCCGUUGAGCCUGGUUCUUACACCGUCGAGCAGACGGUAGCCCUUCCAGCUCAAAUUCCCCAGGCCAAGUUCAGGGUUCAUGUCGAUGGCUUCACCGUGGAUGAUGACCCCCUCGUCUGUGUCGACUUGACCGUCAACUUCAUGAAGAUCGGCGGCUUCUGGUAAUGGGACACGUGUGUGGGGUGAGGUGGUUCAACUUGAUGUCCUGCUCGUGGUGUGGCGUGUGGCGUUUGUUGAUCGUUGAGUGUUCAUGAUUUCUUUCUUUUUUCUCUUACUUGACGAAGUCCACUCCUCACGCAAUCAUGUUCCUCUAUGACUAUUCCUCUGUGCAUAAUUUCGGCUUUGUACAACUAAUUGUUCAGCCCACGUCUGCGUCUCAGAAUGACAAUCAGUUCAUGUUUCUGUUCACACAAUGUAACUGUUGUGCUCAUGAAAUAGAUCUUGAUAGAGACUCAGUGUCAAG